AUGGGAAAUCCUGCCACAGAAGAUUAUCAGCCCCCUCCCUACGAGCAAGCUACUCAAGGGAAGUCUGGCCCAUCGCAACAAAAUAUCUCACAUCAUGACACCUCUUCUGCUAAAUUUGCUUGCGUCACUCUUAACCAACACGAUCGGAUCCGCCUCAUUAAUUUCCCAGCAGACACCGUGACGAGCUUUCAGGAUUUCCUCAAAACAGCGUGGCCCAAAGGAAUACAGGAAGUACGCGACUACGGCCAAUCACGUGAGUUCAAGCUGAAUGGCUAUCCUUGGUACCGAGGCGUUGAUGGCUCCCUGGGCCCUGAUGAUACUUCGCGCCUCGUCAAGAAAUUGCUGGAGGCGUUGUACAACAUGGGAUGGGUGUUGCAUUCUGCCGUAGAUCUUCGAAAACAAGGAAACAAAGAUGUCCUUGCCUUCCGCCGCCAAAGCCCGCCACCACCGAAAUGUGAAUGGAUUCACAUCUCAUUUGAUAGUCACGACAGACUGACUUUCUUGGAACCACCCUCCCAAGAAAUCAGGGUCGCUUUGCUGAAGACAUUCGGCCGCGCCGUGAGCAGUAAUGAGCUCACAAAGGACCAUUUUGAAAUAAAAUUCCAGGGCUUUCCAUGGUCACCAUCUGGUGAAGAUACUGUGAAUACGCCUCUCAAGUUACUAAAGCUUCUAGAGACGAUGGAAAGGUUCGGCUUUUCGUUAUAUUCGAGUUUAAUGACUAAGAAUAAUCACGAAGGGACAGAUGUAGAUGACAUAAUUAUGAAGCGGCAAAUAGGUAAACACUAG